CAUAUUAUUUAACACUCAUAUGGUGGUUUUUUUCGAUUCAGAAUCCACGAUUCUAAAUAUUACGGGUAAUUCAUGGAAGAAAGAAAUAACUGAUGAGCAGCAGCUACUCUUGGAUUUCACUAUGAUCGUGCGUGCGUAAUCUCACGUCUUGCCUGAAACUAACCACGGACGAAACCACACGGAAACUGGUAUUCUUGUACUGAGUACAACAACAUAUACCCCUUCAAAAGAAAGAAAGGGACAGCAUCAAACUGACACAAUACAUUCCUUACACUUUCUGUCACUAGUAUGUCUAGCAGCAAAGGCAAUGUCGUCCUAACUAUCGCAACAGCUGACGUGGACAGCUGAAAUGUCAACCAUAGUACGUGUCUGAAUCCUUGACACAGCUGAGUACAACAACCUAUACCCCUUCCAAGCUCUUGUACUAUAACACCUUGUAUACGUUAUGUUCUUUCGUUGCUGAGCCUGUAGAGGUUCCUGAAACGCACCCUUUCUUUGAACCAUCUAAUAAAACGCCAUCACUUCUAUAAGAUGACGCUCCCGUGAUUAUUUUUGGCUGUUCUUUUUUAUAAGAAAACACAAGGCAGUUGCGUUGACAUCGUUUGCCAGUAGAUCAAGGAUCAAGGCAGCAAUACCUUCUCUUCUCAAGUAAAACCUCCAUGACCAGCAAGCUAAUUAAGCUAGGAUAGCGUUGCAAGGAUCGGUGCAAGCUUGAUGGCUUGGCCAGCUAUCGUCAGGUACACGAUUGUCCUCCACCUCCUGCUGCUGCCGCCGCCACCAUGUGCAGCCGUUGACCGGCUCGUCCCCGGCAAGCCGCUCUCCCCUGGCGCCACCAUCGUAUCCGACGGUGGCAGCUUCGCCUUGGGCUUCUUCUCCCCCACCAACUCCACUCCGGCCAAGCUGUACCUCGGCAUAUGGUACAACGACAUCCCCCGGCUCACCGUCGUGUGGGUCGCCAACAGAGAAACCCCCGUCACGAACAGCAGUACCUCUCCGUCGCCGGCGCUGUCACUGACCAACGCCUCUGACCUCGUCCUGUCCGACGCGGGCGGCCGCGUCCAGUGGACGACCAACGUCGCCGGUGCAGCUCCGGCUCCGGCGGCCGGCAGCGCUGCCGCGGUGCUUCUCAACACCGGCAACCUUGUCAUCCGGUCUCCGGACGGCACCACCUUAUGGCAGAGCUUCGACCACCCGGCCGACACGUUCCUCCCCGGCAUGAAGAUCCGGAUCAGGUACGAUACGCGCGCCGGCGAGCGCCUGGUCUCGUGGAAGGGCCCCGCCGACCCAUUGCCGGGAGCCUUCUCCUUGGGCGGGGACCCAGACACGUUCCUCCAGCUCUUCGUCUGGAACGGAACCCGUCCGAUCUGGCGCAGCGGGCCAUGGACGGGCUACAUGGUUUCCACCCAGACGGCCCAGUACCUGACGAACACCAGCGUCAUCGUCUACCUCGCCGUUGUCAACAACGAGGAGGAAAUCUACAUAACUUUCAGCCUCUCGGACGGCGCCGGGCAUACCAGGUACGUGCUCACAGACUCCGGCGACUACCAGCUCCAAACCUGGAACAGGAGAUCGUCCGCGUGGAUACUCUUGGGUCGGACAAAAGCCUCAAGUGGUGAGUGCGCAAGCUACGGCUACUGUGGCCUGAACGGCUACUGCGACCUCACAAAGCUUCCUUCGACGUGCAAGUGCCUCGACGGUUUUGAGCCAACGAGCUUAGAAGAUUGGAGGAGCGGUAGGUUCUCCCAGGGGUGCCGGCGAAAGGCGGCGCUGCUGUGCAGCGACGGUUUCUUGGCCUUGCCUGGGAUUUCGUCGCCGGACAAGUUCGUGCUCGUCAAGAACCGAUCCCUCCAUGAGUGCGCAGCGGAGUGCACCAGAAACUGUUCGUGCGUGGCGUAUGCUUAUGCCAAUCUGAGCACUAGCAGAACGAAGGGGGAUCUGACGAGGUGCUUGGUGUGGACCGGUGAGCUGAUUGACACGGUGAAGGUAGGCGUAGGGGAUGUCAGCGACACGCUGUAUCUACGGAUUGCAGGCUUGGAUGAAGGUAAGAUGAGGAUGAAGAGGAGCCACGCACUGAAGAGUGUGCUCCCUGCGGUUUUAAUAAGUGGCCUUCUGAUCCUCGCUGCCAUUUCCCUAGCAUGGUUCAAGUUCAAAGCAGGUAGAGUAAAUUAUGGUGCAAAGCAUAAGAAGCUAACUUUGGAUGACAUGAGUGCAUCUGAUGAACUUGGGGAAGGAAACCACGCCCAAGACUUUGAGUUCCUCUCUGUUAGAUUUGAGGAUAUCGUGGAUGCAACAUGCAAUUUCUCAGAGGCAUGUAAGAUUGGGCAGGGGGGUUUUGGUAAAGUUUAUAAGGCGAUGCUAGGUGGUCGAGAAGUUGCUAUCAAAAGGUUAAGCAAAGAUUCUGAGCAAGGAACAAAGGAAUUCAAGAAUGAAGUAAUUCUGAUUGCUAAAUUGCAACAUAGAAAUUUGGUUCGACUUCUUGGUUGCAGUGUUGAGGCUGAUGAGAAAAUCCUGAUUUAUGAAUACCUGGCUAAUGGAAGCUUAGAUGCUACCCUUUUUGAUAAUUCGAGGAAAAUGUUGUUGGAUUGGCCUAUGCGACUUAAUAUAAUCAAAGGGGUUGCAAGAGGGCUUCUUUAUCUCCACCAAGAUUCGAGGUUGACCAUAAUUCAUAGAGAUCUCAAAGCUGCUAAUGUUUUGCUAGAUGCAGAGAUGAGACCAAAGAUAGCAGACUUUGGCAUGGCAAGGAUAUUCAACGAUAGCCAGGAAAAUGCAAACACUCAUCAUGUUGUCGGAACAUAUGGUUAUAUGGCUCCGGAAUAUGCAAUGGAAGGCGUCUUCUCCAUCAAGUCCGAUGUCUAUAGCUUUGGUGUCCUACUCUUGGAGGUUGUUACUGGUAUAAGGAGAAGCUCCAGUGGUGGCAUCAUGGGUUUUCCUAACCUAAUAGUCUAUGCCUGGAACAUGUGGAAGGAGGGGAAGGCAAGAGAUUUGGCAGACCCAUAUAUUAUGGGCACUUGCUCACUAGAUGAAGUUUUGCUUUGCAGUCAUAUGGCCCUCUUGUGCGUUCAGGAAAACCCAGAUGAUAGACCACUUAUGUCUUCUGUUGUGUUCACUCUAGAGAAUGGAAGCACCAGACUGCCAACACCCAACAACCCUGGGCACUAUGGACAGACAAGUACUAGUGAUGUAGAGCAAAUAAGGGACAGAACUGAGAAUUCCAUGAAUUCCCUUACUCUCACAACUAUAGAGGGAACCAUGGAGUGGUCGCGCUGCACCUGCAUCACGGCCGCCGUCCUCCUCCUCCUGCCGCGCCUGUGCUCGCCGGCCGGCGACAAGCUGACCCACGGGGAGUCGCUGCUGCCCGGUGACACCAUCGUGUCCGACGGCGGCGCCUUCGUGCUGGGCUUCUUCGCCCCCUCCGACGCCACGCCGGCCAGGCAGUACCUCGGCAUAUGGUACAGCAACACCACCGUGACCGUGCAAACCGUGGUGUGGGUCGCCAACCGGGACGCGCCGGUCAUCGUCGACGGGCGUUCCGGCAACUCCUCCUCCGCGCCGUCGCUUGCGCUGGCCAACGGCGGCUCCAACCUCAUCUUGUCCGACGCCAGCGGCCGCGUCGUAUGGACGACGAACAUCACUGGCGCCACCAGCUCAGGUACUCCUGGUUCGACGGCGGCGGUGCUUCGGAACGACGGUAACCUCGUCAUCCUAUCGCCGGACGGUGCGACGUUGUGGCGGAGCUUCGACCACCCGACGGACACGUUCAUCCCGGGCAUGAAGGUCGGGCGGCGCUACCGCCCGCACGACGGGGUCGACGGCUGGCGCAUCGUCUCGUGGAAGGGUCCCGGCGACCCCUCGCCGGGGAGCUUCUCCUACGGCAUGGACCCGAACACGUCCCUCCAGCUGCUGCUGUGGAACGGGACGCGUAUCUACUGGCGCACUUCGGUCUGGACGGGGUACAUGACCGCCGGCAAGUACCACGGUGCCACCGGCACGGUCAUCUACGUCACGGUCGUCGACAGCGAGGAGGAGAUCUACUCGAGCUUCUCCGUCGCCGACGGCGCCCCGCCCACGCGGUACGUGGUGACCGACGCCGGCAAGUUCCAGCUUCUGAGCUGGAACCGCAACGCGUCGGCGUGGGCGACGCUCGAGUCCUGGCCGUCCCGCGCGUGUAGCCCCUACGGCAGCUGCGGCGCCUACGGCUACUGCGACCACUCGCAGGCCGUGGCGACGUGCAAGUGCCUCGAUGGCUUCGAGCCGGCGAGCCAAGGGGAGUGGAGCCGCGGCGUGUUCUCGCGGGGCUGCCGCCGAAGUCAGGCGCUGGCGCCGUGCCGCGACGGCAGCGGCGAGGGGGAUGCGUUCUUGGCGAUGUCCAACAUGAAGGUGCCGGACAAGUUCGUGCUCCUCGGGAACAUGAUCUCCGUCGACGACUGCGCCGCGGCGUGCCGCCGGAACUGCUCCUGCGUGGCGUACGCGUACGCGAGCCUGCGCAGCAGCAGCGCCAAGGGUGACAUUGCGCGGUGCCUGGUGUGGACAGGGGAGCUGGUCGACGCGCAGAUGAUCGGCGCGAUCUGGGGCGUGACCGCCGAGACGCUUAACCUCCGGGUUCCUGCCGGAUUCACAGGCAAAAGGACAGGGACAAAAACUGUGAAAAUUUUACUUCCAGUGUUGGCAAGUGUUUUGAUUGUCACAUGCAUUGUCCUUUUGUGGUUUUGUAAGUGCAGAGCCAAAGGUAAGAGAAUAAGCAGUGAAAGUGAGAAGAAGCUGGUGCCUGGCAGUGUGCGCACAUCAAGUGAACUUGGAGAAGGAAACCCUACUGAAGAUCUUGAAUUCCCUUCCAUACAGUUCAGUGAUAUUGCUGUGGCAACUAAUAACUUCUCGAGAGCAUGUAUGAUCGGGCGUGGAGGUUUUGGAAAAGUUUACAAGGGGACAUUAUUAGGUGGUCGCGAAGUCGCUGUCAAGAGGCUCAGCAAGGAUUCUGAACAAGGGAUAGAGGAAUUCAAGAAUGAAGCUAUUUUGAUUUCCAAACUGCAGCACCGGAACUUAGUUCGGCUUCUCGGUUGCUGCACCGAGGGAGCUGAGAGGUUGCUGAUAUAUGAGUACUUGGCCAAUAAAGGCCUAGAUGCUAUCCUUUUCGACAACGAAAGGAAAUCUCUGCUGGAUUGGCCGACAAGAUUUGGGAUCAUCAAGGGCGUGGCUAGAGGUCUUCUGUAUCUCCAUCAAGAUUCAAGACUGACAGUGAUACACAGGGACCUCAAAGCGAGUAAUGUCUUGUUGGAUGCAGAGAUGAGACCCAAAAUAGCAGAUUUCGGUAUGGCCAAGAUAUUUGGCGAAAACCAGCAGAAGGCAAACACUAAGAGAGUUGUCGGAACAUAUGGCUACAUAGCUCCUGAAUAUCGAAUUGAGGGCGUCUUCUCUGUCAAGUCUGACGUCUACAGCUUUGGCAUAUUGGUCCUGGAGAUUGUUAGCGGCGUCAGGAUAAGCUCUACCGAUGACAUAAUGGGGUCUCCAGGCCUUGUAGCCUAUGCAUGGAAGCUGUGGAAGGAAGGGAAUGCAAGUGACCUGGUAGACUCAUCCAUCGUGGAGAGCUGCGCGUUGGAUGAAGUCUUGCUCAGCAUCCACGUCGGGCUCCUCUGCGUUCAGGACGACCCGAACGGCCGGCCGCUCAUGUCGUCUGUCGUGUCCAUCCUGGAGAACGGGAGCGUGUCUCUGCCGGCGCCGGAUCAGCCGGCGUAUUUCGCAGAGAGGAACUGUAAGGUAAAAGGAGAUGAUGUUCAGAGCUCCAGGAACUCCAUCACCAUGACUGUUCUUCAGGGACGGUAGACAGACAAGACAAUAGAGCAAUGCUAACCUUUUUCAGCUGUACAUUACGACGGAGACGUGUGGUGGCUGUGCCUUCAUCAGAAUCUAUUCGCAUCUGUUGGUCCCCGCACCCGCGCCAGUUGCACCCUAUCCAGCACGUCCACAUCCUCGCCGGCGGCGCGGAAGGACGGCACAUUCGCUAGGUUCAGUUUGUGGCGUGCGCGCGCGGGCGCGGUGCCAGUACGGAAGUAUGGGGAGGCGGAGACCACCAGGAGCGGGUGUGGAUGGGGAAACCACGAUUCAGGGUGCCGUACGCGGGCACCGUCGUGGGCGAAAGCGUCGCCGCUGGCCGCCUCCAUCCCCCAUUGAGGUCCGUCUUGAACUCAUGAUGCGAGGUAGACGAACAGAGCUGGGGGUUUCUGCAAAACAUUGAAUCCAUUUUAGGGGGUUAAGUGAAAAAUAUUGGAUAACGACUAUUGAUCGCGAUCCAUUUCAGGGGGUUUAUGAAAAAAUUGAAUCCAUUUUAGUAGGUUAAACGAAAAAAAUUGGAUCGCGAUUAUUGACCGCGAUCCAUUUCA